AUGUUUGGGAUAAAAAAGGGUAUCAGGCAUCUCAAGAAUAUUCCUAGGAUAUCGAUUAAUAAAUAUUCGUAUUGCGAAAAUUUAAUAAAGGAUGCAACUGAUGGCAACAACAUUGGCCCGACGAGUUUGGAACUCAACGAACUUUCGCAUCUCUCGUUUCGCCCGAAAUGUUUAUUGAUAAUAAGUAAGAGACUUGCGAAACGGCUGGAAAGCAGGAAUUCAGUUCAAGUGUUAAAGUGUCUAACGGUAAUUUACUUCUUACUUCAGGCAGGCUCCGGGGAAUUCAUCAAAUGGGCGAAUACGCAGAAAUAUCUUGUUCGAAGCUUGCUGGAAUAUCAGGCUAACGCAAAAAAAAAUAAAAAGAAAUUAAAUCUAAGCUCAAAUAUUAGGGAAAAGGCAAGAGAAGUAUCGAGGCUUCUUGAUAAUAAAGACAUUUUGUUGGCGAAAAGAGAAGAAUUCAAACAUAUAAGGCUUAGUAUGAAAUUGCCAACACCUAGAUCAUCUUUAGAUGCUCCACCUUCACAAUCAUUACUAUCGCCGAAUAGCAUCUCAGAGUCCGGAGUUUUUGAUAAGUUUUAUAAAAGGAGAGCACGUUCGUUGGACAUUAACAGCAGGCAUGACAUCCUUCAAAAUAUUGAGAACGCUUAUGGUCAAAACAGUGAGAAUAUGUCUGCGCUCAGCGCCAGUCAUUACCCAAAAUUCUCUCGAAAUCUGAAGAGACCAGAACUGGGUAAUAUUUUAGAAAUAGAUGAGGAUGAAAGCACCCAAAAAUUCACUUAA